UCACAGGAUAAGCUUCGACUUCACGCGUUCUGUCACGCCGGAGAGAAACCUUUUCACUGCUCCCAGCCCUACUGCCACAAGGCCUUUAGCUCCAAAUAUAAGCUCUACAGGCAUAUGGCCACACACUCUCCACAAAAGACUCACCAGUGUUCAUUCUGUGAAAAGAUGUUCCACAGAAAAGAUCAUUUAAAGAAUCACUUACAGACCCACGACCCCAACAAAGAGGCCUUCAAGUGUGAAGAAUGUGGCAAGAACUAUAACACCAAGCUGGGCUACAAGCGCCACAUGGCCAUGCACUCCGCGACAGCGGGCGACCUGACUUGCAAGGUGUGUUUGCAGAGCUACGAGAGCACUCCUGCUCUUUUGGAACACCUCAAGAGUCACUCGGGCAAGUCCUCGGGAGGUACCAAGGAGAAGAAACACCCGUGCGACCACUGUGACCGUCGCUUUUACACCCGCAAGGACGUUCGCAGACACAUGGUGGUGCAUACGGGUCGCAAGGAUUUCCUCUGCCAGUACUGUGCUCAGAGAUUUGGGAGGAAAGAUCAUCUCACACGUCAUGUCAAGAAGAGCCACUCACAGGAGCUGCUGAAGAUCAAGACCGAGCCGCCAGAUAUGCUGGGUUUGCUUGGUUCUGGCUCGCCAGCGUGUGCUGUGAAGGAAGAGCUUAGUCCUAUGAUGUGUAGCAUGGGCCCCACCAAGGACUCCUUGAUGACCAAACCUUUCCGCAGCAGCACCCCUUUUCCCAUGGGUAUGUACAACCCUCAUCACCUUCAGGCUAUGUCCAGUCCUGGAAUGGCCCACCAUCACUCACUGGUUCCUGGGUCUUUGUCUGCUGCUAUGAGUAUGGGUUGCCCCAUUGAGCCUCCCUCUGCCCUGCCUUCAAAAUAUCAACUCGGAUCUACCUCAUACUUGCUGGAGAAGCCCUUGAAAGUGGAGAUGGAGAGCUUUCUGAUGGAUCUUCAAAGUGGCUUGCCAGUCCCCCAACCACCUUCCACUGAUCACCAUUCGACUGCCUCACCCAAUAAAGACGGUCUUGAACCUCCAUCCAGCUUAACAGAUGAUAUGUGCGUGGAACCCCUCUUAUCCAAAAGCCCUGCCGUCAUCGCUGAAUCUCUUUGUGCUGCUAACAUGGACUUCUCCCAUCUGUUGGGAUUCUUUCCACUCAAUCUGCCUCCAUAUAGUGCUCCAAUGAGUUCAGGAGGCCUGGUGAUGGGCUACACCGCCUCCUCAACCGCCUCCUCCUCUUCGUCCUCAUCCUCGUUAGCGUCUACUCAUGCUGCUGAAUCACACGCAGCCGCAGUGCCUCUUACCUCUUUGCAACCUCAACCUCAAGAGCUCCCUGCCUCCGGUGGAGGUCUUGGUCUCGGACCCCUGCACCCACUUCCACCAGUGUUCAGCUCCAGCCUUAGCACGACCACCUUGCCUCGCUUCCAUCAGGCCUUUCAAUGA